UUCACCUGCAACCUGCCAACAAGCCGCGAAGCCCGCAACAUUGCUACUACCAUCAAAUUUGGAACAGGAUUUGGAGAUCUUGAGGUCAUCCUCGGGAAAGCUCCUUUUGUUGUUGUGAAAGUUGCCACUCCAGAAAUGCGAGAACCCGCUGCUGAAUUCAACCUGAAGUCUUUUGAUGACUUUCCAGUUCACAAAAAGACUAAGACCUCUGUUACUGAUACAAUAACACCCACAAAGACGGUUGUCCCUACCACUAAGGGAAAAGAAAUCAUGAUAAUAGAAGAUCCGACUGAAGGAUUAACUGUUGUACCUUCAACUUUUGAAAUCGGAUCAAGUUCAAAAACAAUACCAUUGACCCGAUCUCAGAAGAGAAACGGCAAUAGGAAAGC